UUGACACUUGUUUUUCCUGGCCAUAAACAUGGAUGUCGGAGAGAUAAUAGAGUGCUUUCUUUGUUGCACAUUUUUAAGUCUGAGCGCCAGCCUUAGAGUACUUUAGAUUAGCCAACGUCCGGAGGUUUUCUUGUUAAGACGUGUUAAAAGGAGCGUUUUUGUCUCGCGGUAUUCAAAAAGAUGGACAUGUACACGCACAGCGGGACGUUGGUGGUGAAGAGGUUCUUAGAGGAUCUAGAGAUGACCAACAUGAGCGACAUCAACAAGGCCAACCCUCACGGCUGCGACAACGGCGCUCUGACGGACAGGUUCGGGGUUCUGAUCCAGGGACUUCUGGCCAUCGUCGCCUUCAGCACGCUGAUGUUGAAAAGGUUCCGGGAGCCUGUCGGGAUCCGGCGACCUUGGAGGAUAUGGUUUUACGACACGUCCAAGCAGGCCAUCGGCGCUUUGUUCAUCCACUUCGCCAACGUCUUCCUCUCCACUCUCACCAAAGAGGACCCGUGCUCGCUCUAUCUGAUGAACUUCCUUCUAGACGCAACAGUGGGGAUGCUGGUCAUCUGGCUGGGGGUGAAAGUGGUUUCCAAAGUGGUGGAGCACAAGCAGUGGACACUGCUCACCUUUGGCGAGUACGGUGACCCCCCCCAGGCGGCAGCGUGGCUGGGUCAGUGUGGCAUCUACCUACUCAUCAUGGUGCUGGAGAAAGGUGCCAUCAGCCUGGUGCUGCUCGUCCCAGGAUGGUCCAAACUGCAGGAGGUUCUACUGGGCUACAUCGCCAACCCGCAGCUGGAGCUGGCGCUGGUUAUGCUCAUCGUGCCCUUCAUCGUCAACUCCAUCAUGUUCUGGGUGGUGGACAGCCUGAUGAUGAGGAAGUACAAGAGUAUGAAGAGCCUGGACGACUCAUGCGACAGCUCAGUGAAGAAGGCCGACCCGCUGCCCUGGGCUGUCAAUGAUGAGUCUCAGGUCCUCCUCACAGUGGACACAGACACCGACGAGGCCUCGGAGGGUGAAGAGGAGCCGGACGACGGCGACUCGUUGCCUCCAGUGCAGUACUCUGGCACUCCAGUGAGACCCAGCUGGGUGGUGGUGUGAAGCCACCACCAUCUAAACAUCCACACUAAAAACCAAGAACCUCCACACAUGGUUACCUCAUCAAAUUAAAGGUCUGAACGUCACCUUUCAAGUGGGAACGCCACCGUGUGAAGUCGUAAAUCAACAACAUUGAGGACUUAAAAGCGCAACAUCACAAGUGGACUCCAGAGACAAGCUGCACUUCAAAACGCGGAAAAUAUAUCUGUCUUCCGCCUACGCUCUUUUGGGACUUUUGGGGAGGCCGCAGCUCUCGUUCAUCUCGUGUUCCAAAGAGGAGCCUGACAUAAGACGCUUUCAAGCCACCUUUUGAUGGAAGGUGUGAUUUUUAUUCCUACAUCCUGCGGCUGUUUGCUUUAACUUACUAGGAUGGUUCGCGUUCAUUACAACACUGUGACGCUAACCGCUUCAACACGGCAAAUUUGUAGUUUAAGCUUUGGUUAGAUCCUGAGUUAUGAACAAUUUUGAGGGAAGUAACAGAAAUCAUAACUCUCAUAGAGGAAUAAACGUGUUUUGGAGCUCAAUGUCGACAGAAUAUUGGGGAAACGUGGGGUCCAUUUGCAGCCUCCAUUGGCCCGUGGCACAUUGUAUAAAUAUAAUUAAACCAAAAAAACCCCCCACCAAAAUCAGGUAAAUAAAGCAAAAAUUUGACAUGCUGACAUUAGUAACUAAUAACAACAAAGUUUUGUGUUAAAUAUAUAGUAGAUCCUUGUGGAAAGUUACAUUCCAAGUAAUUGGUAUGCUCAUAAAAAUAUCUAUUUUUGACACUAAACCCGCCUGCUCCGAUUUCGGAUUUCAGCUCCAGGAACCCCCCUGACCUCGUCUCUCUUCAAUUGCCAUUGUUCAAUCGUGACACAAUCCAGGUUCAAGCCCUAGAUAUGCCUCACACACUUCUUAAACACAUUUAAAGUAUAAAAUGUAUAUGCCACUCACCACUAAAGAAAGAUAAUGUCAAGGUGUAGCCAGUCACGGCACACAACUAUGGUGUGUUCAGGGACCGCCGAACAAAAUGCGAAAUCUCAAUGCCUGGGGAAAAAACAUUAUCUAUGAAGCUUAAAGACGUACAUAUGUAAAAAUUGUGGGCGGUUUUAACAGUGGUACAUGCAUGCUAUACAUUUCACCUGUAUUACCGUGUAUUUAUAAAUUAUUACCCACUUUUUUUUUUUCUGUGGAAAUAACAGCCAAAGAAAAAUCUGCGAAUUAUAAUCUUGAAUUUGUGGCAAUCGACUGUAUUUAGCAGAUAUUUUUUUUAGAUUAAAAACAUCUAUAAAAAUAUCACAACCUUCCUCACAAGGCAUCCUUUCAUUUUUCAGUAUACGGCCCUCAGUGGAUAAAGGUGUAUUUAUAUAAUUGAUAGGAAUAUAACGUCCGAAUGUCAACUUGGCCAGUCACUUUCUGGAACCACUGUGCUAAGUAUCCUGCCAUGUAUUUACUUACUAGGCUAAGCUACAAAUGAAUUUGAAUUAGCGCCGCAGCUUUUUCUUCUAAAUAUUCCAAAUGACGAUCUUCUUAUGUUGCGAAGUUUUAAGUUACAGUAUUUAUUGUCUUAUCAUUUCCUGUGUACUUGACUUUUUAUUUUGAUAACGUAGUUGUUAAAAACCGUUAAGACUUGAAUUGAGUUGUUUCUUGUGGUGUUAUGAUCAUGAUGUCAGUUAGUUUUAUAUUUUUGUGGCUGAUGUCUGGGAAUGUGGCGUCACCAUGGUGCUUCUUACUUAAUAUACAUUGUUAAUCUGUCGCCGUAAAUAAAGAUGAUUG